AUGCUCCAGUCGGAAUCACAAGUACAAGUACAGGAUCUCCAAAGCCAAAUUGCCGAACUGACGCAGAUGAACAGCCAACUGGCUGAGCUGACUCACAUGAACGGGCCAACGCGAUCAAAUUCGUUGGGUGGGGAAUUCAGCACUAUGGAACGCACUGAGCUAAAACGAGUGUACGCGGAGAUACAGCCUACGGUGUCAUCUGGUCCGCAACGGAUUGUCGCGCCUGUUUUGAAGAACUUUGACCAGGUGCGCGACAACUUCCGAGCGCACGCUCAUGGCAUAUUUGCAACAUCUUCUGCGGCUGGCACCACUCGCAGGAGCACAAGCGCUGUGCCGCCCGGACUACCCCCACGCGCCGACUUUGCACGCCUGUCACGGUCGUAUCUUGACUCUACCCACGAAUGGUAUCCAAUUGUACAUUGGCCAACCUUCCAGCGUGAAGUGGACGAUGUUUACACGGCAAAGAGCUUCGACGACACGACUCGAGAAUGGAUCGGGCUCUUCUUCGCAAUCCUGGCCUGUGGCACUUUGCAGACUUCGACAGCGACCUCGCCAGAAAGCACUGCGUAUUUCGAUACCGCAGUACAAUCUCUAACGCCAUGGCCGCAAGACAUCACAUUUCAGUUUGCACAGGCAUCUUUUCUGCUGAGCAUCUUUGCGUCUGAUCAGAAUUUGAGGUCAAUUGGCUCGAUGUGGCUGGGCUCUGCUGCUCGGGCCGCUCAGGAAUUAAAUGCACAUUGCGACAUUAUCACUGGCUCAACAAUUGACAUCGAGACUCGACGCAGGCUGUGGUGGGCUAUAUACACUCGCGAUAGGAUCACGUCCCUGGACUCGCACCGGCCAAUGUUGAUCAACGAGGACGAUUGCGAAGCUUCUCUCCCGUCUCCAGUCGAAGACCGCUAUAUCCAGGCGCAGGGCAUCACUCGCUCACAUGCCGUCUCAGCACCAUACACCUCCUUCCUCGCAGUUAUACAAAUCACAAGACUACACGCUUCGCUUUACCAAGCUCUGAAAUCUAGCAUCGUUCCCCCUCAGGUCUUACACAAUUUUGACGAACAGUUCCGUUCUAGAAUCUCGCUUCUACCAGAAUCCUAUCGACCGAGCUCAGCUGCCGCUCUGGAAACGACAGCGUUACCACCACUCUUUACCCUACUUUCCGCCCAGUUUCACUUCUACAGGCGCAACCUUACACCCGUAUGUCGACCGCAGGAGCGUGCAGAAGCAUUGAGUCGAUGCAUCUCCCUCGCCCAGGAGACGGCCAAAUACAUUUCGCGGACGUUGCACAACCCGACAAGAGCAGAUUCCGAGAAGAGUUGGCAAACACGAGUCAUGUUCAUCGCCAGUAACAUGGUAUGCCUCCACGUAUGGCGCUGCAUAUUGAUGCUGUGCUUUCGCGGAGACUAUGACGCCGCAUUCAUGUGCCUACAUCUGUCGAGCGCGAUCGGGACGAGCCGCAAACUGAACGGCGAGUGUGGGAGGUACACGGCUUUCUUCCUCGAGCAACUGCUGAACCGCGUGCGCAGCGGCCAUGGAAGCCCGCAGCAACUGGAACAGGACGAAGAGAUGCUGGCAUACGUCAGUGGCGAUGUUCAAGGCAACGUUGAGCAUUCGUGGAUAUGGAAGGCCAAUCCCACGACCUCGCAACACGACACUUCACGGGACGAGCCGAUGCGUGACGUACCUCCCCCGACUUCACCGAAGCAAGAUUGGAACGACUGGGCCAGGAUCGAGCACUUGAUUCGUCAGCUCAUGGAUGAAAGUCACCCGCGUACUUCGAGUUAUUAUCCGACGCCGCAUAAUCCUGUCAAGCGAGUGCAGUUGGCAACGGACGCGAAUCUGUCGCCGAAAACUGCGCCGCCUCCGAGCCCGGCGCCGUCGAGCUCGAGCCGCAUCAGCAUUGCGAAUAUAAUAUGA